ACACCUUAUGUUGAUAACUAGGGUCCUUACAAGCGCUUGUCCAUCAGAACAGUGAAGAUGGCUGAUGUGUUGAGCGUUCUUCGUCAGUAUAAUAUCCAGAAAAAGGAAAUCAUUGCUCAGGGAGAUGAAGUUAUAUUCGGAGAAUUCUCCUGGCCAAAAAAUGUCAAGACCAACUAUAUUAUCUGGGGAACCGGUAAAGAGGGCCAGCCCAAGGAAUACUAUACUUUGGACUCUAUUUUGUUCUUGCUCAACAAUGUGCAUCUACCACAUCCGUCCUAUGUGCGAAGAGCUGCAACAGAGAACAUCCCUGUUGUUCGAAGGCCAGAUCGAAAGGGUUUGCUUUCCUACCUUAAUGGCGAGAGCUCGACGUCGACCAGUAUUGACAGAAGUGCACCCAUCGAAAUUGGCCUGCAAAGACCAACACAAGUGAAAAGAGCUGCAGAUGAGGUCUCUUCAGAAGCCAAAAAACCCAGGAUUGAGGAUGAGGAACGGGUGCGUCUGGACAAGGAGCGUUUGGCUGCUCGUUUGGAGGGCCACAAAGAGGGUAUUGUGCAGACUGACCAGAUCAGAUCCUUGUCUGAGGCCAUGUCAGUCGAGAAGAUUGCCGCCAUUAAAGCCAAGAUUAUGGCCAAGAAGCGGUCCACCAUCAAGCCAGAUCUGGAUGAUGACAUAACUGUGAAACAGAGAAGCUUUGUCGAUGCCGAAGUGGAUGUCACUCGAGACAUUGUCAGCAGAGAGAGGGUGUGGAGGACAAGGACAACCAUUCUCCAGAGCACUGGAAAGAACUUCUCCAAGAACAUCUUUGCGAUUCUUCAGUCGGUGAAAGCCAGAGAAGAAGGGCGAGCGCCAGAGCAAAGACCGGCGCAGAACACAACUCAAGUGGACCCUUCGCUCAGAAACAAGCAGCCUGUGCCGGCGGCCUACAGCAGAUACGAUCAGGAGAGAUUCAAAGGAAAAGAGGAAACGGAGGGUUUCAAAAUCGAUACCAUGGGGACCUACCACGGGAUGACUCUGAAGUCUGUGACGGAAGGGGCAUCUGCUCGGAAGGCUCAGACCCCUACACUGCAGCCUGUACCCCGCCCAGUCUCACAAGCCAGACCUCCACCAAAUCAGAAAAAAGGAUCCCGCACUCCCAUCAUCAUUAUCCCGGCUGCCACCACCUCACUCAUCACAAUGCUGAAUGCCAAGGACCUGCUGCAGGAUCUCAAGUUGGUCACAUCCGACGAGAAGAAGAAGCAAGGCAUCCAGCGCGACAACGAGGUUCUUCUUCAGAGGCGCAAAGACCAGAUCCAACCCGGUGGCAACAUGCUCUCCGUCACCGUCCCCUACAGGGUCAUCGACCAACCUCUCAAACUAGCACCGCAAGACUGGGACCGAGUGGUGGCCGUGUUUGUGCAGGGUCCCGCCUGGCAGUUCAAGGGUUGGCCCUGGCUGCUGCCCGACGGCUCCCCCGUCGACAUCUUUGCCAAGAUUCGAGCCUUUCACCUGAAGUACGAUGAGGCCAAGACAGACCCCAAUGUGCAGAAGUGGGACGUGACGGUCCUGGAGCUGAGCCGCCACCGGCGUCAUCUUGACCGGCCCGUCUUCCUGCGCUUUUGGGAAACUCUGGACAGGUCUUUGGGAUUCCUUCUUCUCUUGUCUUGCCCUGGACGGCUUCACGCCCAAAGCUCAGUGGAGGCUUGCGCCGCUCCACAGCUGGAUGAAGGCUUUUUAGUGCCUCAACAAGAAAGCUAUUUGCACGCCAGCAGUCUCGCGUACGGUUGCAGCGCCGGACAAAAACCGGCAGUGGAGGGCUGGUGGUCCACCAGCGUCUGCAUGAACGGGUUGUGGUCCCCUACGCCCCAAUGUAUAGAUGAAAACGCCUGCUUUACACCCGAUAUUCCGAAUGGACAAUACAAUGAAAGUCCUGAAGGCACGUGGUACAAGGAAGGAUCGGUCAUUCGGGUAAAGUGUGACCCCGGAUACCAACACAAAACCAUCAGAGCAACAGCCUUGUGCACAAAUGGCGCUUGGUCCCCUCUGCCAGUUUGUGAGCGAAGUCAAACGUCUUGUGGCGAGCCACCCAGCGUCCCGCACGCUGUUAUCCUUCAAGAGUACCAGAACAUAUUUGCAGCCGAUUCGGUGGUCCGCUACGAAUGCGAAGAAGGGUACGGCUUCGAGGGACCAGAUGCCUCCGAGUCCGCCUUAUGUGUAGCUGGAACCUGGACAGAACCGCCACACUGCACAAUAUCCAAAACUGUUCCUGGAGAUGAUGUCGAUACAUCAGGUGGCGUUGCAAAACCUGUUGACGGACCCGGAGGAAGAGGGCGGGGCGGUGCCAGUGCCGGUGUCAGCGCCGGCGGCGGCGCCAGUGCCGGUGCCGAUUCCAGUACCGAUGCCAGUGCCCGUGCCACUCUUGAUGCCACCACAGGUCGUGCAGCAGGAUCCGGAACCACUUCUGACAGGACCGAGAGCGUGGCCUCCCCCCGGACCAUACCAGUUGUAAACUGUGGACCUCAGCCAAGAAUUCAAAACGGUGAUGUCGUGCGACAAAAUCAAAUGUUUCUAAAAUACGCCUGCAACAGUUUUUACAAACGGGUCGGCCCGGAGAGAGUCGUGUGCAACAGCGACGGCACUUGGUCAACGCCGCCGACGUGCACAGGUAAGUCAGCUCACCUCUACUUUGUCAAAAGUACUGCGCAUACUGAGAAACAAAUAAUACACUCGGAAAAACAACGGGAAACACGCGGAGCAGAGCCUUCCAAUCGCUCGCUAAACCGACGCGAGGUCCUGCGUGAUGCCAAUGACGCCCGGUGGCGAGCGACAGUCCGCCUUUGUAUCCAAAGACGAUUAUCAUUUCAAUUCAAAAUUGUAUCGUCUUUGCUUGGAAUAAUUCUGCAAAAUUCACUAGUUUUUCCUGUCACGUCCAUUUCCAAAGGAUGACAUACUCACGUCUAUAGAGCCGGAAGUGCCGGUCAAGCAAAGCAUUGCUCGAUGCUACGUCGGUCGGAGACGACACGAAAAGCACGACCAGUUUUGUCCAAUACCGUUAAACAUUUAGAAGGUGAUAACAAACGAAGGUACGUGGAAAAAUGAGAGACACUUGGCAUAGAGGACCCGUAUUUAAAGCCGAAGUCGAUGUUUUCGCCGAUAAGAAAUUGGACCGUUAACCCGCUUCCGCUCGUCUUGGACAUCUGGAUCAACACACGGAUCUGGUGAGUAAACCGUCGAGAUUUACACGGAAGAGUUUGAAAGCGUGGAAAAGUCUGGACGCGUACAAAUACUUUGUUGCUGGAUCUGUUCUCAAUCGGGAAUAAAUCCCACAUAGUGAUGGAGCCACUCAGAUUUUUUUCAAUACAACUACCAAUAUUUAAAUAAAUGACCCGUGGUUUUACACACACACCACAACAACAAAAAGACAGCUCGUCCGUACACGAAGCGUGUUGCGGCCAUACGUUAAACUUGGGUAAACUUCUCUGCGACAGACUUUAAAAAAAAAAAAAAUGUCCAUUGUUCUCAAAUCAGUCCAAUGCGUAUUUAAAAAAAGAAAAUCACAGAAGCGCGUUACAGCCACAC